GGGAACGAGUUAACUAACCUAACUGCAGCUUGUUCAAAUCUCGCGCAACAGCUGAUAUUUCGCCUUUAUCAAUGUAAUUGUUCGGGUUGCAGCGUCUGAUUAAACACUCGAGAUUCCACGGCUUGUACGAUCAGUGAUGGAGGAGGAUCUAGGGAACCCUGUGGCUAAGAAGACUAAGGAGGAGUCCAGUAGUGUCCUUCUCACUUACUUCAAAGGAGACAUCAACAGCAUGGUGGAUGAACAUUUCUCCCGUGCUCUGAGUCAAGCAGCUAAACCGAAGGGAGAACGCUCCAAAAUCAAAAGAAACCGUAAAGUUGCUCAAACAAAUGGACUUGGUUCAAGUCAAUGGGAAGCACAGUCACAAACCAGGUUUCAGCCCUUGUUUCCUCCAGAACAUCUCCGGGAAGGAACAAGCAGCGAGUCUCAAUCAAACCAUCAUAUGCCACCAAAUCACCCUGCAAACAGUGCUGCUCUGUGGUCAGGGAAUUCUAGGCAGGGAUUGAGUCUCGCUCUACCCCCCAUGAUGUAUCCCUCAGCUGUAUCCUCUGAUGGUUUGAUGGUGGCAGAACACCAGUACUCUAAUUCUCUGUUAAACUUUUAAUUCUCUUGCUCCACAACGAUCACCCUGACAUGGGCACAGUGGUGCUACCCUCCUCCAAACAAGACCUCAUGUCUGGAUGGACCAAGUAUCCAGGAUUUGGCAAUCAGAUGAAUUGCAAUAUCAAUCUUAACUCUGGUAAAUGCCCUCAUUUUAGUACUUUUUGAAAAGGUACCCCAGUAACAGCUUUUGUACCCCAC